UAAAAAAUAAAAUAUGUUUCCUUUUCGUUUUGACUCAGUUGGAGGGUCCACACACGCCAACAUACUUGCACAAAGUUUUCGCCUUUUUUGCAGGUACUCCAGCGCCAUCUCUCUCACGUUGCUCCAUGCUGUUCUUCUUCUUCUACUUGUUUUAUUGGCGGGUGCCGUUUGAGUGAGUUCUGUAGAUGUUACAGCUAAUGUUCUGUAUACUGUCACCUGCUUUACCGGAGGUGAAUGUAACAAACAUAUCAAUUACACCCAGUGGGAUUUUUUUUUAUAGAAAGAUUAAAAAUACGGGAAAAUAUUUAAACGGGAUGAUAGCGGGAUAGAAUGGUAAAAUACGGGAGAAAAACGGGAAAAACGGGAGGGUUGACAGGUAUGAGGAGAGGUAACCUAUACUCUGAGUCAGUUACCGUGGUAAAUUACUCUGUGCAGUUCUUUCGGUCUCCUCCCCUUUUUCAAAGUGGAAGCGGUGUUUAAAUACCUCAUUCAUUGCACAUAUUUCUGUCUUGCAGACUGUCUAAAAAGUGAGAAUGGCAUGUCUUUUUACAGAGGAUCCUGUAGAUGAGGAGGCUGCAUUAUUUCGCAGGGAGUUACAUUUACGUCGGGAGAGGAUUUUGAGGCCCCGAGUGGAUUUUUUGUCAUAUCCUCAUGCAUUUUUAUUUGAGUGGUACCGUUUUUCUAGACAGUCAAUUGAAUAUAUCCAUAAUCUCAUCCAUCCUUACAUCAGAAACAUCAGCCAUCGUGGCUGUGCUCUUACAUCCGAGCAGAUGCUUUGUGUUGCUUUACGUUUCUUUGCAAAUGGUAGUUUUCUGUAUAACAUGGGGGAUGCAGAGCACAUUAGUAAGGCCACUGUAUGCAGAACAGUAAGGAAAGUGUGCCUCGCUCUCAAACGCUUUCUGCGGAUUUUUGUAAUGUUUCCUGGGCACAAACCCCUGAGAGUCAUCAAAGAGGAGUUUCACAGGAUUGCAGGUUAGUGGUGUAGAAAUCAUUUUAAAUGAGGCUACUCUGAAAAUGAUGAUCAGUUAAUAACAUGUUGCUGCGACUUCUGGAAGUAACCUAAUAAUUAGAAUUCCCUUCAGGAUUUCCACAUGUGGUUGGAUGCAUUGAUGGCACACACAUUCCCAUCACUGCACCCUCCGAAAAUGAAGCUGACUAUGUCAACAGGAAGUCUGUCCACAGUAUUAAUGUGCAGGUACACUGACUAACCUACUGUUUCUAAUGGUCAAAGAUAACAUCACAUGCUGUAAUCAUCACAUGUGAUGCUGCACAUAUCAUCACAAAUGUGGAGGCCAAGUGGCCCGGCUCUGUUCAUGACUCACAAAUGUAUCGUGAGUCGACCCUGAGCAACAGGCUGGAAUGUGAAGAGAUUGAUGGCUUUCUUCUGGGAGAUAGGGGUUACCCAUGCCAACCAAUAAUAACCCCUUACCCAGAACCUGAACUAGGCCCCCAGCAGCACUUCAAUGUGGCACACUGCAGGACGAGAGCCCGGGUGGAGAUGACCAUAGGCCUGUUGAAAGCACGUUUUCAGUGCCUACGUCACCUCAGGGUAACCCCUGAGAGGGCCUGCGACAUUAUUGCGGCAUGUGUUGUUCUCCAUAAUAUUGCCAUAAUUAGAGGAGAGCAACACCCUGCCCUACAAAUACAAGACCCCGAGGAAGACCCCAUCCACCCUGCAGAUUUCCAGGAUGGAAGGGUAGUCAGAGAUGUUAUAUGCCGCAAUUUCUUCUCAGAUUAA